AUGAGUACUGAAUCAGAUCAAAAUAAGUUACUGCAAAAAUUUAAAAAUUUACGCAAAGAACCACAAAAACAAGUAGACUAUUUAACAAAUGCAAUAAAUGAUAUCGAAGAAAAUCUUAUCCGAAAUAAAGAAAGUUAUAAAAUACAAAUGCAGAAAAUCGAUCAACUAUUUCGAACUAAUGUGAACGAUCUAAAUGAACAGAUAAAUCAAUUGAAAAAUGACCUUGAAAUUCAGUCACUUCAUUUGAAGCAAAUUGAAAAGUGGUUAAACGCAACACGGGGAUGGAUUUUAAUUCGAAAAUAUUUGUAUAAACAGAAAUAUCGUAAAUGGAAAAUAGAAUUGUUACGAACUCAUUAUCAUAUUGAAGAUGCAUGUAAAGAAUUCAAUAAAACUGUAUUCGGUAAUGAAGCUAAUCAUCCAAUAUGGGAAGUAUGUACAAAUUCAAUAACAACAGUACAAUAUCCUACUUCUAAUAACUGGAUAAAUGAACAAUCUUGGCUUCAUUAUAGAAAACAAAUUAUUGAAUCACAAUUAAGUACAAAAAGUAAAGAUAAAAUAAAAUGCAUUCAAAAUAAAUUAUGUAGUCGUAAAAUUACCCAACAAAUAUUUAAUCAUAAUUCUAAUAGGGAAUCUCAUGAAAAUAAUAAAGAUUAUGUUGAUGAAAUUAAUGAAUCAAAGCAACAAGAUGAAUUAACAAACUAUCCUUACAGCACAAAUCAUCCAUUACAUAUACAUGAGCAACAAUUGAUGAAUACAUUUAAUCAAAUAAAAACUGUACAAUACUUAAGUCUAACUGAAUUAAAUGAAAAAGAGAAUGAUUUACAUUCAUUACUAACACACAUUAGGAAUCUGAAAUUUGAUCUUGAUAAUGAUUACACAAAAUAUACACAAAUGAGUUUCAAUGA